AUGCUAUUCUACGAGGAUAAUCGGCUUAUCGUUGUUUAUAUAACCCACAAAGCUGGUUAUCUAUUCUCAGAAUGGCCUCAUUCAAACAACAGGUGCUGUGAUUGGAGGAACAUACGUAGUGUACAGCGAAUUACCAAUCAGCACUCCGCUUGUAAAUGUACUCUACAGGUUGAUUCCAUUUAGCUUCCAUCACUUGUACGGGCGUUCAUCAAAGUUUGAAAAGUACCGAGCCGCUUGGCGACAUGGGAAGCAAACUUCGGUGCACCGUCGUUCUGUUCCUUGUCCUGGGUCUUCUCACCAGCCAUAGGACCAGUGCGGAGAAGGUUCUGAUGUUUCCUACACCAGGGUUUUACAGCCACUGGCUGGUACUGGCAGAAAUCGGGCAGGCGUUGGUUGACAGGGGUCAUACCGUCACCGUCGUUCUUCCCCAGGACCUUGUGGACGCACGGCGGGCAGAAAGGUCUGGUUUUUGGUUUGAGACCUUUCAAGACCACGGAACCGGGGCAAGAAUCAAGGAGCUUAUAGACUACAACGUGGCAAUGGCUGGACAGGCGUCUACAUCUAUUUUCCAUACCUUAGAGGCAGGCAUCAAUAUGACCGGGACAAUGACAAGACACUGUGACUUACUUCUGAGGGACAGUACCCUGGUAGGUCGCCUGAGGGCGGCACAGUACAGUGUAGUUCUUACUGAACCCAUCUUCCCCUGUGGCGCUCUCAUGGCAGCUCAUGUAGACGCCAAGCUGCCAAAUGUCGCCGUCCUGCGAUAUGAUGUUUAUUUUCAGGACGUUAAAGCUACAGGUGUCCCCCACCCCCUGUCCUACGUAACAUCAGUGGAAACGGAUCUCACUGAUCAAAUGACUUUUCUACAGAGAUUUCAGAACGUUGGCUUUUACAGUCUUGUUCACGUGGCGGCGAGCGUGUACGACGGCGUGGCCCGGGAGUACCUCGGCGAGGGAGUGACUACACAGAGCGUCAUGUCCCGUACGACGUUGUGGCUGUAUCAAACCGACCCCGUGCUGGAUUUCCCCCGUCCCACCAUGCCCAACAUGGUCCAUGUUGGCGGACUAAACGUCCGUGAGGCUGCGCCACUUCCCAAAGACCUGGAAGCGUUCAUGCAGUCUUCCGGACAGCACGGAGUGGUUAUCGUCAGUUUCGGGACGAUUGUGAAGACCAUGGAAUCGGAACAGAUAGAAGUCUUCACUGCAGCCUUCGCCCGUCUCCGCCAGAAGGUGGUGUGGCGGUACACGGGAGAGAAGCCGGCCGGUCUGGGCAACAACACCAAGCUGAUGGCCUGGCUGCCUCAGAACGACCUGUUAGGCCACCCGAAGACCAGAGUCUUCAUAACCCACGCGGGUUACAACGGCGUGUGCGAGACGCUGCACCAUGGCGUACCGAUGGUUUGUCUGCCGCAGUUUGGAGACCAUCCCGGUAACACCGCUCAGGUGGUGGCCAGAGGGCUGGGGGUGAAGCUAGACAUCAACAGGGUGACAUCAGACGAGUUGUAUCAAGCCAUUCUCUAUGUUCUCACCAACAACAGUUACCGUGAUACUGCAGCCCACCUGUCCUGCCUGCACCGUGACCAGCCCCAGUCACCCAUGGAGCGGGCCGUCUGGUGGAUAGAACACGUCAUCAAACAUGGCGGACUGCCCCAUCUCCGCGCACGCGCCGUGGAGCUGCCGUGGUACCAGUACUACUUGCUGGACGUGGCUGCGUUCCUUUUGGCUGUCUGUGCAGCUGUACUGGGAGCCGUGUGGUACAGCUGUUCGUUCAUUUGUAGAAAGUGUUGUUGUAAACGUGAAAACAAGAUCAAAUCACAGUAGAUUUAGAGUUUCAUGAUGAAUACAAGAUGAGGAGGAGGAAAUAGAGAGAGAGAUAGAGGCGAGGGAGAGAGAGAGAGAGACAAAGGUGACAAGGAAAGAAACUUAUCGAAGGAACAAGCUAGUCAAGUGCUCCGCAUGGGUCAGUUGUACUCCAGGCUGCCACAAUGCACUGCGUUGAUUAAAAUUCCAGUGUCCUGUAAAAGAUAAUGAAAGUCUCAAUAAACGACAUCG